UAACAGGGCCGCGCUGUGUGCUCCUAUACGGAUGUCUUGUUGAAGGAAGUAAAAGUCUGACAAAGAUGAGUUUCCACUACGGCCAGGGCUACCCAGGAGGCAACCCACCCCAGGGUGCUCCAUAUGGUGGAAACAGUGGUCCCUACGCCCCUCACCCAUCAGCUCCUUAUGGAGGUGCUCCAGGUCCAGCGGGAGGUCAAUAUGGCGGUUAUGGCGCCCCAAGUCAUGGAGGGCCAUAUGGGCCUGGACCAGGCGGUGCCCCGGGUGGACACUAUGGAGGGUAUGGGGGACAGCCUCAUGGAGGACAUUAUGGGCACCAUGCUCCUUCAGGUGUCCCUCCUGGCAUUAACCCAGAGGCGUACCAGUGGUUCCAGACAGUUGACACGGACCGCAGUGGCUUCAUCAACAUGAAGGAGCUGAAGCAGGCACUCGUCAACUCUAACUGGUCCGCUUUUAAUGAUGAGACUUGCCUCAUGAUGAUCAAUAUGUUUGACAAGACGCGAUCAGGUCGAAUAGACUUGUUUGGCUUCUCAGCGCUUUGGGACUUCAUGCAGCGGUGGAGAGCGUUGUUUCAGCAAUAUGACAGAGACCGCUCGGGAACUAUCAGCGGGACAGAGCUGCACCAAGCCCUCGCUCAGAUGGGCUAUAACCUCAGCCCCCAGUUUUCCGAGACGCUGGUGCAGCGUUUCAGCCAGCGAAGCCAGCGGCCUGGAAUGCAGCUGGACCGCUUCAUCCAGGUGUGCACUCAGCUCCAGACCAUGACGCAGGUGUUCAGGGAGAGAGACACGACCAUGACGGGCAACAUCCGCAUCAGCUACGAGGAUUUCCUCUCCAGCGGCAUCACCAGGCUCAUGUGAGCCUCCCUCCUCUGACCAUCCCUCUGCACUGUGAAUGCACAGCACCACUCCAUGUUCAGGUCAUAGCUCGCUCCGUCAGUGCUUAGCCAGAAGUGCCCCCUCAAUGCGGCUAGGCGCGCGGUAAUCACAGAGGUGUGGACGCAAGUCACAAAUCUGAUUACUUUAGACUUUAAAUACAACUUAAAAUAGAAGAACUGAAACUCGACUUUUAACUUUUUGACUCAUGACUCCGCUUGGACUUCAAAACUUUUGACUUGGAAAUACUUGACACCUGAUGCCACAAAACCAAAGACUGAAAAGUAUAUAUUUGAAAACUCACAGUUACUGUAUACGCAUCAUUCCAUUGUGCCCACCACCGAGCACCGUUGUACAUUCUACGGAGUUGUUUGAACAGAUGCUCACGUUGCAGGUUCCCUCCCAGACUUUGAUGUUCACCUGAAAUGAAAUCAGUUCAAUUAGAUGGCGACAAGCUGCAUUCUGCUAACUGCUUACAACAGAUUACAACAGCGUCUUUUCACACAAUCAUCACGAGACAUUUUUCCGCUCUACCUGAACCUGGCCAGAUGUUUUGACCGGCCGAGCAGAUGUUCGCUGGGACACGAUCAAAUCUCAACAGAGCGACUCCAGACUAACUUUUUUUUUUGACCCUUAGAUGCAGCCAUACAGUUAAUUUAAUUGAUAUUAAUAAUCGUGUUGGCCAGUAGUAAACAUUUGUACCACUGCUAGUGCUUCGUUUGCUCUGUCAACAGUCCAAACCUCAAAAAGAUGAAAUGCCAAACAACGACUUCAGGUUCAGUUUCAGGUGCAAACUCAAAGUGUACGACUUAGAACUUGAUUUGGGACUUUAGUGGGAAGACAUAAGUCUUACUUGUGACUUGUUAACAACGACUUAGUCCCACCAGGGCUGUUGCUGUAUAUAUAUAAAGCCUUACAUCAUGCACCUGAACGUAGCUAAAGCUUUGACUGGACAGGAAGCCAGCAAAAACUGUUGCUUCUAACAGUUUUACCACAGCUGCCUUGAUGACAGUGACAUGGUUCUUGUUUACCAGUGCCAGUACUUGACAGGAUGAGUUUCUUUUAUACGCCUCAAUUAACUGAAUAUACACCUUGCUAACUACAUAUCCGUCAAGUAAAGACUGGAACCGAAGAGAUAACCGAACUGAAGAUGCCGAACCACAAACACACCACCUGUUAACAUGCUCAUACGCAGCACUUGUAUGUUCCUGUGCCAUUAAAACUAUUUACGUUUUAGAUUCACGUACAUACGGGGUCGUAACUAUUUCUAGAAGUUAUUUCUGUGCAAUAGUUGCAUAUGGUAUUAAAUGUUGCUUGGAAUUCCAAUGUAUAGAACUAACAAAUAUGCAUUUUAUGAGACCAGGAUUAAUUCUUUGUAUACAUUUUUUUUUUUUUUUUGCUAUAUUGCACAAAAAAUGGCCAAAACUUAAUAAAGAUAAAAAUUGUGUCUCAUUCCCAUUUCCGCAUGACUUUAAUGGGAUCUUGAGUAUUUGGGAGACCAGCACAUUAAGCCUCUGUAAUUCGUGGAUUAUACACUCCAGUGAGGUUUGUAAUGCCAAAAGCAAAUAAAUGUUUGUUUUCUUA